AUGGUAAGGGGCGAGAGUUUCGAUGUCCGCGUCAAUCACCAGUCGUCUCUCCAUCUACAAGUCAAUCACCAGUCGUCUCUCCAUCUACAGGUCAAUCACCAGUCGUCUCUCCAUCUACAAGUCACAUUCCAGUCGUCUCUCCAUCUACAAGUCAAACACCAGUCGUCUCUCCAUCUACAAGUCACAUUCCAGUCGUCUCUCCAUCUACAAGUCAAUCACCAGUCGUCUCUCCAUCUACAAGUCAAUCACCAGUCGUCUCUCCAUCUACAAGUCAAUCACCAGUCGUCUCUCCAUCUACAAGUCAAUCACCAGUCGUCUCUCCAUCUACAGGUCAAUCACCAGUCGUCUCUCCAUCUACAGGUCAAUCACCAGUCGUCUCUCCAUCUACAAGUCAAACACCAGUCGUCUCUCCAUCUACAAGUCAAUCACCAGUCGUCUCUCCAUCUACAAGUCAAACACCAGUCGUCUCUCCAUCUACAAGUCAAACACCAGUCGUCUCUCCAUCUACAAGUCAAUCACCAGUCGUCUCUCCAUCUACAGGUCAAUCACCAGUCCUCUCCUCCACAGUGCUCCCUGAAGAGAAUGAAAGUGACUUCAGUGAAGAGGAGACAUUUGAUGAUGUAUAUGAUCCAGAAUACGUUCCAGGCUCAGAAAGUGAAACAGAAGAUGAGGAACAAAUAAACAGCUUGGCGAACUCAACAUUCCAGGUUGCUGGAGAAUCACUAAUGGAUACCUCUAUGACCUGUAAUGUCACAGAUGACACCGUUGACACUGGACAAUCUUGCACCAACACAGUACCUUCAACCAGUGUUGUAAGAGCAGGACAAAAUUUCUGCUUCAUUUGCAAGGAUUUUCAUUUCAAAAUAGCGCGGCAUUUCAAAACUCACAUAAAAGAGAAUUCGCCGACACGCGCUUCACACCUCGAGCGGGUACGCGCUACACACAGCGGAAAAGUUGAGAGAAAGGAAAAAGAGACCGUGCUGUGGCAUCCAUGUGUGCGUGCGUCCAUGAGAACUGUAACUCGUAUAACUUCUGUUGUCCGUUAAUUGUAGCAUUGACCAGCAUGAAAUCGGCAUAUGUCAGACUGACCUGCUGGUCGCCAGUCAUGGCCGAGCACGGGAAAACCGGCCAAAUCUGGUCGCCGCCGGUCUAUCGGUGCAUCUCUAAAAACUAUUUAUAAAGACUGCCAACAUAACACAACAUAUCAACUAGCUUCGCUACCUUCUUUGUUGCUCUGCCUGGUUGUAGCGCUAUCCUAUUAUGUGCAGAGGGAAUUUGAAAGACAACCGUUUAUCCCGCCCCCUCGGAUUGAGCCCAGCCAAUCUUGAGUUCCAAGACCCAACAUCUUGAUGUGGGUCUGGCUUGUCAGGCUAGCCAAAUGGCCUUUAAUAAUGUGAGACUUUAAAUGUCUCAGCACAGCAUUAUCCUCUGCUUUGGUCUAUGGUCUUCGUGUUUUUCCUUUUGCGUACUGAAAACAAACAAGAUGACAUACUGUAAUUGUUUGUUAGUAUGGCUGAGUACAUCUUUCAGCCAGAUAUAAACAAUGACUAACCAUGACAAUUAAUGGGAGUGUUGCUGUGCUAGCUGUUUACUAAUUGUAAUAAAUUAUGAUGUAUUUCCUGUAUGCGUACGUCUGUAAUCCGUAAAACUGUUUCCACUGCAAAAGGUUGCAUAUUUCGAUUAUCAUUGUUGACUUUUCCACCUACUCCCACCGUAAAAACUUUCUAGCGAUAUUUCAAGUUUUUUUUUCAAAUUUCCAGCGUUUCCAUUCAGAUUUUUUUCAUGUGCAAAUUGAACAAACAAACCCCACUUCUCUCUCUUUUUUUUGUCUCUGUUUGUCUCUCUGUCCUUGCAUGUUGAUCUGAUGAUGACCUUUCUCUAUAGGCCUAGAAACUACCGAAGGUUACGCACUGGAUAUUAUAAACAUGAUGUGUAUUAAAAUUCAACUUGAUCAUACCAUUAUGUACAGGAAACAGUCCGUCUAAGUGUCCAUGUCUGAAAAAUGUGCAACAGGAGAGCAUAGUAGAUGCAUUUUAUUACAUAGUAUCUGUUGUUCAAUUUUGGAAUGCAAUAUAUUGAACAUUAUUUACAGUUGGUUAUUUUUACUGUAAAUAUGUUCCGACAUUAUUGAGUACAGCACUCUUUCAUUUCCUCAUUCAGUCAUUCAUUCAGUCUGUAUCAGGUGCAUUUUAGACCAGUUUAUCGGCAUGAAUAAAAUAACAGGGUUGCUUUAUGAACUAUGUUAGGCAGACAAUAAAACUUUUUUU